GCUCCAGAAUCCACCAGCUCUCUUCUUCUUCUUCUCCGCGGGGCCACUGCGCCGGAGACCCCUCGUCCCCUCCGCGGCGCUCCUCAUCAUCGCGCGGCGGUGGCGGCGGCCGCGGGUGCUGUUUUCUUCUGCACGCACUUCCCGAAAUUGUAUCUGAAGAACAACAAAGAGAACUAUGGCGUUAUCUCGUAGCAUGAGAACAUGUUUGCACAGUGGAAGACUUGCUGCCCUUGCAAUAUUGGUGUCUGGUGGAAUUGUAUUGCAGAUUUUGGCCUGUGCUCUAUACAACAACUGGUGGCCAAUGUUAACAGUUCUGAUGUACCUUAUACUGCCAAUGCCACUCAUAUUUUUCCUGGGCUCCGAUUCUCCGUCAAUCAUGUCUAAUGAGGGAGAUGGGUGGGUGAACUUCACAAAGUUCCUGACGGGCGCGUCGGUGGUGGGGAGCAUCGCCAUCCCGUCGAUCCUGAAGCACGCUGGCGUCAUCGGGUGGGGCGCGCUGACGAUGGAGCUCUCCUCCUUCGCCGUCUUCGGGCUGGCCAUCCUCUGGUUCAUCCAGAUGAACGGCGAGGACGACGGGUACAGUAGCGUCGCGUUCUGAUCCUGGGCAAACCAUUCGUCUCUUCUCGUGAGCUCUCCUGCAGUGAUACUUGUGAAUAGCCACAGUACGAUUGGAUGGAGCAUUGCUCGAUCAGUAGAAUGUAAAUACUCUCUGCUGCUAGUGCGUUUUUUCUUCUGUUCCU